AUGGCCUCCACUCGGCUACUCGGGCAGGUGAGUAAUGGAUAGCAUUCCAAGUGGCGCAGUUGUUGACUCUUAACAGCACGUUCUCGCCCUAGGAGGCAUCUCGACAGCCCUUGCGCUCUAUCCUACACGAACAGCAUACGCAGAGGAGCCGCCUACAGACCCAAUCAAGGCCAUUGUUCGCACAUGAAUGCCUCAUUCCUUAUAUCAAGCCUAACAAUCGAUAGCGAACACGAAAACCUAUAUACGAUGCGCCCUCACAACCCUCUCCUCGCGAGAUCGCGGCGACAACACCUCCCCCAGCAUCUGGUAUUACGGAGAAGCCACAGGAGCAGCCUCAACACGGCGCUUCGACUCCCCGAAAACCGACACCGACCGAUCGCCUUGCGGAACAGAUCAAGGCUUCGCGUCUCAUGCUGCACGGCUACGCAGUUCAAGCCGAAGACGCAGUGAACAACGGCAUGACCCGAUUCAUGAACGCCGAGCACUCCUUCACCUCUACGAUUACCUCGCUGGCACCGCCGAAAGAGUCCAAUGAGAAGGUUCUGCCAGGCGGCAUCUACGUUUUGGUAGCCGCAAUGGCAGGAAGCAUCAUCUCCCGUAACAGGAACAUCUUGUUUCGGUUUGCAACUCCAAUCCUGACAGGUGUCGUGACCGCGCACUACGUGGUACCGCGGACAACGGAGAAUGUUGGCAACCUGAUCUGGAGCUACGAGGAGAAGUUCCCAGUUGUGAGGGACAAUCACUUGAGGAUCACCGAGGGUGUACGGCAUUUCAUCGAGACCGGAAAGGCGCACAGCCAGAUGGGUCUCGCGAUGGCAGAGGAGAAGGUGCAAGAUGCGAGGGAGAGCAUUCAGGACUGGGUCAAGAAGGGGCGAUAA